CGCCUGUCCGCCCGGUUCCAAAGCCAAGAACAGAACUCCACCACCACCGGGGAGAGAGAGAGAGGCCACGAGGAGGAGGAGGAGGAGGAGGAGAUAAAGGGGAAAUCAUGGAGGCGAUUUGCUGUGGAGAUUCGGGUGCGUGAUCUGGUCGGAUCCCGCUUUCCCGGGAAGAGCAGAGGAGAACGGCCGUGGCGGUGGUGCCGGUGAUGUGGUGGGUGCUGCCAUGCCAUCCCAUGCUAGUGUGAAUCAAUGAUGCCCGCCCCCGCCUAUAUCCUCCCCGUAGCCCCCCCUCCCUGCCCCGAGUUGCCGCAUUAGCCACCAAAGCAGCACUCCCCCGUCUCACCUCCCACCUCUCCAAUCCAAGCCUCCCUCCGGCGGUGGCGACGACGCAGAGACCGGCGAGAUCCUACUCUGUCUCUGUCUGAGCGGGAGCAGAGGAAGAAAGAUUGGGAGGUGCUCCGUGCGGAUUGGCUCGGUCCCUCUGGUUCUUGCUCCGCCCGCCCGCGCGCCAUGACGGUGGUCGACGCCGAGGCCCGGUUCCACGUGCUGGCGGUGGACGACAGCGUCAUCGACCGGAAGCUCAUCGAGAUGCUGCUCAGGACCUCCUCCUACCAAGUCACCACGGUGGACUCCGGGAGCAAGGCGCUGGAGGUCCUGGGAUUGAGGGACGAGGGCGACGACUCCUCAUCCUCAUCCCCAACCUCCUCCUCCGCCCCUGCCCACCACCAGGAGGUGGGCGUGAAUUUGAUCAUCACUGACUACUGCAUGCCCGGCAUGACAGGAUACGAUCUGCUGAGGAGGGUCAAGGUAAAAGAAUUCGCAGAGCCCUUUUUAAUCCCAGCAUUCAUUCAUCCAUCCAUUCAUUCCCACAUCUCGGUCUCAAAAAGUUUCUGCUUAAUUCUUGGUGUGCAGGGGUCAUCUUCAUUGAAGGACAUUCCAGUGGUGAUCAUGUCGUCUGAGAAUGUGCCUGCCAGGAUCAGCAGGUGCUUGGAGGACGGCGCGGAGGAGUUCUUCCUCAAGCCCGUGAAGCUGGCUGACAUGAAGAAGCUCAAGUCCCACCUGGUCCGGCGGAAGCAGCCCCAGCUCCAGCCGCCGCAGCCACAAGAGAAGCCGCAGCAGCAGCAGAAGGCAGAGCUAGCGCCAACAGAGCUGGUGGAGGAAGUGGCAGCGGAAGUGACGGCCACCGGAAUCACGAGUGACUGCGGCGGCGGCAGCAGGAAGAGGAAGGCGGCGAUGAUGGAGCAGGACGGGACGACGAACGCGAGCCUCUCCGGGGGCAGCGGCGGCCUGGCGGUGGAGACCUGAAUCCUCAAGAAAACUGAACACACGGCCCCAACACCAGAGGUCGUCCGUCUGCAAUUUUUUGGGGUUUACUUGCUCUCGUAUGGAAGAAUCAUCAUCGUCAUGGCUAAUUGUAGCUCCUGGUCCUGGGUGUGGGUGGGCGAGUAAAAUAUUUACUUAGUUCUAAGUGAAGAACUAGAGAAAAAGGUCAUUAAUUACAUACUACCUUCACACUAGUAGCUGAAUUUUGGUGUGCUCAGGAAGGAAGGAGCAGGGGAGGGGAGUGGGGGUGAAAAGUGAAACCAAGUUGUAGAUAAUGCUGCCGGCCGCCGCGGCGCCCGCCCUGGAUGAUGAUGAUGAUUCUAAGACUAAUUUUAUGGCUUA